UUUAUUGUUGGUCCAAGACUUCCCUAGAGUAUAAUUUAUUUCAUCAACAAGCACUAAUUUCACUCUAAUUAAAAUAUGGUGUUAAUGUGUUAUGGCUAUGAUUCCAAACAGAGAGAUGCUGAAAUGCAUUUGCCUCGUAUAGACUCGAGACAAGGUGUUCGGGUAUAUAUGGAAGAUAAGGAUACCAAAGAAACUUGGUGCUUUAAAUUCAGAUACCGUAUUACAAACAACUCUAAAGUUCAUUCCCUUGAAGGAACUAGACACUUUCUUCAAGUCCAUGGUUUGAAAGAAGGGGACUACAUUGUCAUAUACAAAGAUGAUGACAGAAAUCGAUAUGUGAUCGUAGCAUCAAAGGAAAGAAAUGAAGUUUUGAAUGGAGAGUGUUCAGUUCCUAAUAAUGGGGACUUGGGCAUGGGUUUGAUGACAAGCAGCUAUAGCCCUUCAGCUUGUAACUAUGUGUACCUGAACCAGCUUUCAGACUUUUGUGUAGUAGAUGAAAUGGAGGAGGUAGCUACACCACGCACACCUUAUCCCUAUGGCAAUGCAACUUGGACUGCUACCAUUGUUUCAUUUGACCUUCCCCCAUUGCAGACCUUCAACUUGUUUGAUUUUCCCAUAGAUAACAUGUCCUGGACAUGA